UUACGCAGAAGGCAAAGGAAUAUUCUUGAAGAUCCGUUUCAACAUUCCUUGUUCCGAAGAAUCCAACAAAACCUUUCUGAUAAAAUAUUAUCCAUAAAAGAAACAAUUCAAUACCAAAAAGCUCUCUUCCUUUUCCAUCACCAUGACGUUGGAGAGUUACAACGGCGAUGUUCAGACCGUACCCCAAUCGGAGAACUCACCGAACGACACCGAGAAAGAGAGAGAGCUGUUCGUGCCGCCGCUCAACUUCGCCAUGGUUGAUAACGGAAUAUUCCGUUCCGGUUUCCCCGAACCGGUUAGUUUCAGCUUCCUCCAGUCUCUCCGACUCCGAUCCAUCAUAUACUUGUGCCCUGAGCCAUAUCCAGAGGUGAAUGUAGAGUUUGCCAAAUCGAAUGGGAUCCAAGUGUUUCAGUUUGGAAUCGAGAGAUGCAAGGAACCCUUUGUUAAUAUCCCCGACCAAGUUAUCCGAGAAGCAUUACAAGUACUCCUAGAUACAGAGAAUCAUCCUGUCUUAAUUCACUGCAAAAGUGGCAAGCACCGGACCGGAUGUCUAGUCGGGUGUGUGAGGAAGAUACAGAGAUGGUGUUUGUCUUCCAUCUUCGACGAGUACCAGAGAUUUGCAGCUUCCAAAGCUAGAAUCUCAGACCAGAGAUUCAUGGAGCUCUUUGACAUCUCCAAUUUAAGGCAUUCACCACUCUCCUUCUCAUGUUCCAAGAGGUGCUGAUCACUGAGACCGAAACGUACGUACACCUUAAAGGUGGUGUUGAAUGUCUUUAAAAGUUGCAAAGUUUCUUUAACUAGAUGAAAAAUCAUUCAAAUAAAAAACCCUUUUAUUUCAGUGUAAAUAAAAUAAAAAUUGUAGGGUU